AUGGCUGAAAAGACUUUUCCAUCGGCAGCCGGUCCGUCCGACGAAGAAGCCAAUAUCGACCAACUGCCCAAGCGGGGUUUGAAACGACGACUGUCUUCCCCGUGUGAAUACGACAAGCCCGAACAAGACGACUUCAAGCGUCGCAAGGUAAGCGGCCUGGGUACCAGCGAAGACUCGCCAACCGUAGCGGGAGAACAACUUGCGCCGCGUCGUGAAAUCAGCGAGGAGGACCAUGCAAAGCGGUUUUAUGGCCCAGCUUUGGAUAUAGUCGCUGGUAAGUUCGCUGAAAUCUCGCUUACAUUGGUGCAGCAACGUCGUGGAUCCAGCCAGAAAGACCGUGCAAAGCGGCUUUACGGCCCAGCUUUGGAUAUCAUCGGUGGUAAGCUCGCUCAAGUCUCGCCUACGCCGGUGCAGCAACGCCGUGCAGAUACUGUGAAGAGGCAUCAGAAGACUCAGGUCAAGGAAACUCAGCUAAAUUUGGUGGCUGUCCAGACUACUCAAAACCCGAGUUCCGCUUCCAAUGUGGCCGAUGCGACUCCGGCGAACAAGGAUACUGCUACGUACGAAGAUAACGAAACCUCUCGUCCAGCUGAUCACGACGAUGAAGGCGAGGUCCUUGACGAGGUCCUCGACGAGGUCGAGGAUCUUGUGCUCUACUAA